GUAUAAUUCUUAUAGUCCAAACGUCUCCUUGGUACUAGGCUAAUAAUAUUGCCGAUAUCAUCGUCAGUACGCUACUUAACAAAACAAAACCAUUAGUUGACAUACUCUAGCAUAUUUUCAAAAAACAAUGUUUGGUGACAAUUUUCCUUCAUUCUGACUUCGUUUGGCAUUAGUUUUUCUUCCAUCAGUCCUAAUAACAUAUGAUUCUCUAAUGCUAAGACCACCCUCCCAUCCGUGCACCAUCACUAAUGAGGUAAUCGUAAAACUGCAGCCGAAGAUGCUUAGGUCAGACAUCCCGUAGAUGCAGCAGCAUUCCACUGUACGCAACGGGACAAAGCAACCUCGCUCUGUUUCUCGUGUCGAGAGGAGUAAAAGAAACCAACUACGACACUGAAAUGUUACCAGGCUUUAAUAUCCGUAGAUCCCUGUGGAUAACUUUUACGUUGGUCAUCUUAUCUCAGCCGUCACUUUCAAAACGGGUUUUCAAAUUCAAAUGUCCUCCCGGAUGCACCUGCUCCAAAGACUCCAUCAUUUGCGUCGGUUCGUCUUUCAUUCCCCGUAUGAUUCCUAAUGACAUUAAUUCUCUGAGUAUUGUAAAUGGCAGCCUUCCAGAAAUCAAGGAGGCGAUGUUUGCUCUCAUGCCUUCACUGCAGUUACUGCUACUCAAUUCCAAUUCACUCUCAGCCAUUCAAGACGAUGCAUUCACUGGGCUUCCGCAUCUGGAGUAUCUAUUUAUUGAAGGCAACACAAUUGAGACAAUCACCAAAAAUGCCCUCAGGGGGCUUCGUGAUGUUACCCACCUGUCACUUGCCAACAACAACAUGAAAUCACUCCCAAAGGACAUAUUCUAUGGGCUGGACUCUCUGCUAGAGUUGGAUCUGCGUGGUAACAUUUUUGAGUGUGACUGCCGGACAAAGUGGCUGAUAGACUGGCUGAAGCGAUCUAAUGCCACGGUGUCUGAUAUUUAUUGUGCCGGGCCAGGAGACAGGAAGGGCAUGCGUCUCAAAGAUGUCCCUGACCAGCAAAAGGAGUGUCUCUCCACUGAUUUUGUCCUUCAUCAGACCCUGGCAACACAAUCCAUGUCAGCUGACAUCUUCUCCUAUAAAGAAGACAUUUAUGUGGCCAUGGCUGUACCAAACUCAGACAGCUGUGUCAUAAUGGAGUGGGAUCACAUUGAAACAAAAUUCAGGCCUUUUGACACUAUUACAGGGCGUUCCAUUGUUGGGUGCAGAUCGGUUGUGAUUGACGACCAGGCCUUUGUUAUUGUGACUCAGCUCUUUGAUGGUUCCCACAUCCACAAAUUCGAACCAGAGCAGAACAAGUUCACAAAAUUUCAAGUUGUUGAAGCAACCAACAUUUCUAAGCCCAAUGACCUUGAAGUCUUUCAAAUGGGUGACGAGUGGUUCUUUUUGGUCGUGGAUAGUUCUAAAGCUGGCUUAUCAACCCUCUACAAAUGGAAUGACACAGGAUUCUACCCGUACCAAUUUCUUCAUGAGUGGUUCCGUGACACAGACGUGGAGUUCAUUGAUAUAGAUGGUAAGGCUCACCUCAUCCUGGCCAGCCGAUCACAAGUUCCAGUUAUCUACCAAUGGGACAAGAGCACCCUGAAAUUUGCUUUACUCUCUGAUAUCCCCAAUAUGGACGAUAUUGUUACAGUGAAGUCCUUUCAUAUAAAUGGGGACUUGUAUCUGGCUAUGGCUUGUUACAUUGGUGACUCAAAGGUCCUCCAAUGGACUGGCAAGCAGUUUGUAGAAGUCCAGGCAUUCCCAUCUCGAGGCGCCAUGGUCCUGCAGCCCUUCAAGUUCAAGGAUCAACACUUCCUUGUUCUAGGAAGUGACUAUUCUUUCUCAUUGGUGUACAGAUGGGACGAGAAGGACAAACAGUUCAUCAAGUUCCGGGAGGUAUACGUGCAAUGGCCACGUUCUUUCACCCCACUCUCAACAGACCAAAAGGAUUUUCUGUUAGCCACGAGCUUCAAAGGCAAAACCAUACUUUUUGAGCAUGUCCCAGUUGACAAUAGCUUAUAAGUUCAAAAUGUCCCUAUAACAAUCCAAGCUUACAUGUUAUGAUCUCAUUACAGAUAUACGGCCAUAUAUCAUUGAUUAUGUUACGCACUAUGCAUUUGUCUGAUAUUACAAUACAAAGUGUCUCUUUUUAAAGAUGCAAUAUGUAGCUUUUUUUAUCUAAAACUAAAAUGUUUCUAGAUAAACCACAAUGAUGUAAGGAAGGAAGAGUGAAAAAAUGACAGCUUGUAACCCCAUUCUGAGCAUGCAUGGACAGCAUGCUAUACAAUGUAAUGAUGACAGAGCUUAACAAUGGCCCUUAUUCAUCAAAUCUUGAAAGAACCGCUAGAAUGAGUAUCACAUACAUAUGCAAAACCCUAACUGCAGCCUACAUGUGCUAUGUGGGUGGUGUGAUACUGAGAGAACACACAUGAGAAAAAUGAAAUCUAAACUAAAUGUUAAAUCAUUUAGAAAUCUAAUUUGGCCUUAUGUGAUUUUGAUUAAUAAGGGUCAAUGUCUGCCUAUAUAUUUCACUAAUAGUCACUGCUGAAAUCUCAGGAAAAGCAAACCAGACAUACUGGUUUCAUUUUAUUUAAUGGAACUGAUGAAGAAUGUAACCCUAUUCCACUAUGACAUAUGAAUGCUGCUAAGUCUGCUACAUCUGCUCUGGUCAUAUGAUAAGGAAUGUUCUGCAUUUAACAUUUCCCUCUGCUGUGGUAGCAGGCUUAGAGCCCUUUAAUUCGAGUUAAUACCUUGGCUGAUGUCAUGCUGCUAUGCAUUAGAAUUAGGGGGAUCUUGCUGUUCAGCGCAUAAGGAGUCAAGCUGAAUUUGCCUAUACAUAUGUACACAGUUAACCCUAACCAUAACCCUAUACAUAUGUACACAGAUAACCAGAUAAUAAAAGUUGCUACCUGUACUACAAA